AUGAGUAAGCAGAAGAAGUUAAAAAUUGCCUUCAUUCACCCUGAUUUGGGCAUCGGAGGAGCGGAAAGACUUGUUUUAGACAUAGCUGGAGCCCUAAGUUCGUCCGGUCAUCAAGUAAGAUUUUUAACAAACCAUUUUGAUCCAACACAUGCAUUCGAUGAACUCAAAAAUGGUAAUUAUCCAGUGGAAGUGUAUGGGGAUUGGUUACCAAGAAGCAUUUUUGGAAAAUUCCAAGCUCUUUGUGCUUAUAUACGCAUGAUAUAUCUCUCUAUCGUCUACCUUUUAUUUAUUAGAAGGAAUGAUACAGACCAUCCAGAUUUGUAUUUUACUGAUUUAAUACCAGUCGCUAAUGCAUUUUUAAGACUUGUUAAUGAAAAAGUUGUAUAUUACUGUCAUCAUCCUGAUUUACUGGCUAGCACUCCAGGAGGGAAGUUCAAAAAAGUAUAUAGGAUGCCUAUUAACUGGUUAGAAAUGUAUACUACAGGAAUGGCAGAUGUGAUUUUAGUUAAUAGCCAGUACACUGCUUCAGUUUUUAGAGAUACAUUCCCGCAAAUAAAGAAAGAUAUCCAAAUUUUAUAUCCUACAAUAGCUGAUUCUUAUCAAAAAACUGUAUCACAGUUAAAACAAAUUAAACCUAUAGAACAACUAGUUCCAGAAAUUAAAACACCUGGCAAGAAAAUUGUAUUUUUAUCAAUAAACAGAUUCCAUCCUGCUAAAAGACUAGAAUUUGCAGUUUUAGCCCUAGAUAAAUUAAGAAAUGCAGUUUCUACAACUGAAUGGGACAAAAUAUUCCUUAUAGUAGCAGGUGGGUAUGACCCACAAUCAGGUCUCAAUGCUAUUACAUAUUUAGAUCUUGUAACUCUUACACAACAAAAAAAGUUGGAAGAUAAAAUCAUAUUUCUUAAAUCUCCAAAUGAUAAUUUAAAAGCUGAACUACUAAAUUCUUGUACCUGUCUUUUAUACACUCCAGUUAAUGAACACUUUGGUAUAGUGCCUUUAGAAGCCAUGUUAGUCUCAAAACCUGUCAUUGCUGUUAACAGUGGGGGUCCCCGUGAAACUGUUGACCAUGGAGUUACUGGUUACCUUUGUGAACCUACUGCUGAGAGUAUGGCUGAGUUUAUGGCCAGAAUUGUUAAUGGAAAUCAUGAAGAAAUGGGAAAGAAGGGUAAAAUUAGAUUGGAUGAAAGAUUUUCAUACAAUAGCUUCAAGAAGAGUCUUCAGAAGGUGUUGAUAAAUUUGGAAAAUGGAGCUAGUAGGAAGAACAAUUAA